AUGCUUGCGUGGUCACAGCAAGACAGUGGGAGCGUCUGGACUGUUCCACGGCGACAGCCGCAAUGGACCGCCCGACAGCCUCCAAAAUUAAGAGAGAGAGAGAGUGAGACACCAGAACAUCUAACAUCAUCGCAUCGGGAGAGUUGGUCUGCAGUGUUUUUGCAAGUCAGCGAGAUUCCUGAGGCGGUGGAUGGAGAUGUGAAGCAGAGAAGUGUCAUAUCAGUAGGAACAAUUGGUAUAUUAAUGGAACCCUCAUGA